UUGCCAUUCAAUUUCCCGGUUGACGUGUCACAACCUCUUGAAUUGGCUCAUCCCCCUCCUGCAUCUAUCUUGUUCCUGUGGCAGACAUAUCUCGAUGUGGUUGACCCUCUAAUCAAGAUUUUUCACGUUCCCUCUAUCCAAAGACAGGUUAUGAGUAUCAGCCAAGGCCGAAAGAUUCCAGAUGCGGAUACGGAAUGUUUAUUGUUUGCAAUCUAUUAUUCCACAGUAAUAGCUAUUCCAGCAGCGGAAUGCCGUCAAGAACUUCACGAAGAAAGACCCGUCUUGUUGCAACGGUUUCGCAAUGGGGUUGAGGAAUCGCUAAGACGAAUUAAUUUCUGGAGCUCCCGGAACAUAACCGCCUUACAAGCAUUCUUGCUAUACCUGGUGAUUAUCAUCUCUUGA